AUUAAGGUAAAUUGCUCAUACGACACGCUGUACGAGGCAAAUUCUUAUUUGCAAGGCACAAAGAGAAAGUGCAAGCACAAAAGAAAUUCAUAAUUUGAUGGCUUCGCCUGGGCAGCAUUGCGUUGCAGCAGCAGCAGGAGCAGCCCGCCUACGACGCCAUCAGCCACUUCAGCAGCACAACAACAACAGCAGCAACAGCAAUAACAAUUACACCCGCAACAACAACAACAAACUGAUCUCCACAGCCACACUGACGCUGCUCAUACUCUGCCUGAGCAGCUGCAUAGCCUACGCCACGGCAGCAGCAACGUCGACGGAACAGCCGCCCACAAAGAGCCCGGACAGCGGCACUCUGAGCGAUGAUUUUAACAGCAGCAGCGCCUUCCUGGGCGCCAUUGCAUCUGCCGCGAGCUCUGUGAACAGCAGCCCCAUUGCCAUUGUCAGCUAUCCGGGCAUCACAAGCAGCACUCCGAAUGGCAGCAGCAGCACGCUGGUGUCCAUGUCGGACACUCCGCUGCUGCUGGACGAGCUGGCUCCCGGCGAGGAGGAGUUUGAGCUGCCGCCGCUGCAAUCGGUGAUAGUGAGCAUCAUCCUGCUGAUUGUCAUCCUGGGCACUGUGGUGGGCAAUGUGCUCGUCUGCAUCGCCGUUUGCAUGGUGCGCAAGCUGCGACGGCCCUGCAAUUACCUGCUCGUCUCACUGGCACUAUCCGAUCUCUGCGUGGCCCUGCUCGUCAUGCCUAUGGCUCUGCUGUACGAGGUGCUUGAGCGCUGGAGCUUUGGCACGCUGCUCUGCGACAUUUGGGUGUCGUUCGACGUGCUCUGCUGCACCGCCUCCAUACUGAAUCUGUGCGCCAUCUCCGUUGACCGCUACUUAGCCAUUACCAAGCCCCUGGAGUACGGCGUCAAGCGCACUCCGCGGCGCAUGAUGCUCUGCGUGGGCAUCGUUUGGCUGGCUGCUGCCUGCAUCUCGCUGCCGCCGCUGCUGAUACUGGGUAACGAGCACGAGGACGAGGAUGGCCAGCCCAUAUGCACAGUGUGCCAGAACUUUGCCUAUCAGAUCUAUGCAACGCUCGGCUCCUUCUACAUACCGCUCUCCGUCAUGCUGUUCGUCUACUACCAGAUCUUCAAGGCUGCACGGCGCAUUGUGCUGGAGGAGAAACGCGCCCAGACGCAUCUACAGCAGGCGAUGAACGGCACCGGCUCGCCGCAGACGGCGACAGCUCCUGCCCUGCCGCACACUGAGCUGGGCAGUGGCAACGGUGCUGGUCAUGGACACCGGCACAGCAGCAUAGGCAACACGUCGCUUACGUACUCCACCUGCGGCGGUCUGAGCACCAGCGGAGGGGGAUGCGGGGGUGGAGGAGGCGGCGUGGGCAUAACGCAUGGUCAUCAUGGCAGCGGCGGUGGCGUAAGCGGGUCAACGGGACUGCUGGGAUCUCCGCAUCACAAGAAGCUGCGCUUCCAGCUGGCCAAGGAGAAGAAGGCAUCUACUACGCUGGGCAUCAUCAUGUCUGCCUUUACCGUUUGCUGGCUGCCCUUCUUCAUACUGGCACUGAUCCGACCCUUUGAGACGAUGCAUGUGCCACCUUCGCUCUCCUCGCUCUUCCUCUGGCUAGGCUAUGCCAACUCUCUGCUAAAUCCGAUUAUUUACGCCACGCUAAAUCGCGACUUUCGCAAGCCCUUCCAGGAGAUACUCUACUUCCGGUGCUCCAGCCUGAACACCAUGAUGCGCGAGAACUACUAUCAGGAUCAGUACGGCGAGCCGCCGUCGCAGCGCGUCAUGCUGGGCGAUGAGCGGCAUGGUGCACGCGAGAGCUUCCUGUGAAGCCAACGGAUCUCUGGAUACUUGGCUCUCUAAAUAUCUAUAGGUGUUGUACUCUAAACGAAUAAGCCAAAACUAAAUAAGUCAGCAAACUACUGCUUGGCAAGGAAUGCGAACUACAGAAGCAUCACCCUCUUCCACACUCACACAAACACACCGAUCUAUAUGAACUAUGUUUAUGUAACUGUUUACCUAUGAGUAUUUUUUGUAUGUAGUGCUGCAUAACGCAAACCAUAAUUACGAUAUAUGAUACAAAAUAAUUGAUAAACGAUAAACGAUAAAUGUAGAUGACUCCUCUAAAUGUAACUGAACGUUGUAAUUUUAAAUGUAACACUAAGCAAUGAAGUGGUCUACAAACAGCAACCACUCUAUACACACACACACACACACACACAAACACAUAUACACAAUUACCCAUCCAAAGACAACCAAGACAACUCGCACAAACACACACACUUACACUGAAUACUGUUGCAAAACAAUCGAUAAGUAUGUCUAUACAUUCUUCUAUGUUUCUUUUUCCCAACUUUGGAUUGUUUAAUCUAUCGAAUAUCGAUAGUUUUGUAGCACACAGACACUCAAAACUCACAUCACAAGAUGGUUGUACCACUGUUAAUCCAGAACAGGUUUUCACACGGUUCCUUUUUAUGUUUCUUAGUUCCAAAACAAGAGAACCGAUUACAAUCACAAUCGAUAUCGAAUCUAUUGAGCCCACAGCGAGCGUAGUAUAUUUGCGAUACUCAAACGGAGCCAAAAAUUAAAAUUAAAUAAACACAUAAGAUAUUGUGUCAUAUAAAUUAUACUUAAUAUACGAUAACUAUACAAAUACAUAAGUACAUAUAUAUAUAUAUAUAUAUAUGUAGUCAAGCAUGACAAAAUGGUGUCUAUAAACUGUGGAACUGUAAAUAGGAAAACUCUACAUAUAUCAAAAAUCAAGCAGAUACAGAUUUAUCCAUGUCUGUGUGCAGCUCUGUCUCAGAACGUAUAUUUACUAUACUCGUAUAGCUAAAGCUCAAUACUAAGUUACUCUUAAAUGUAUUUAUUAAAUACUUUCUGCAAUAAUUAUAUUAAAUCUUGUUUUAUCUUAUCUUUUUGUGUAUUUGUAUAAAAGUCACGCCUCUCUGUGAUACCAAACAUUAAGCAUUAAAUUUUUAUGUUUAGAUCAACUGCAUUAAAUUAUAAUAUAAAUUACUAAAUAAUACUAACUAGUUACUGCUAGUUUAUACGAGUACUAACUACACAUAUAGAUACUAUAUGAAUAUAUGAAUAAAUAUAUACAUAUAUAUACAUUAUAUAUAUUUACAAAUAUCUAGUCUGGCUAAGUCUAUUAUGUGUGCGUGUUUUUAUUGUAUGUACGAUAUGUCUGCGUUAAGUACAUGAUAUUCAAACAUAAAACCGAGUUACGUAUGUGUACUGUAUGUUGAAAUACAAAAAUAACAAAAUACCAACUACAAAAAGAAAAAAAAUAAAAAAAAUAAAUAAAACAAAACUAAUUCCCCCCACACAGACACAGACAAAUCCAAAUCCUAAAUGUAAUGAAUGGAGCAUGACAAACUAAGCGCAUCUAAUGCUAUGCAUCACAGAGCUAAAGCUCUGUAAACAAAAGAUAAUACUAAAGAAAACAGAAAUAAAUAAACAAAACUAUUGAAAUACUUUCAAGUGAAGCUUACAAAACUGUAAAAUUGCAUUUGAAUUCUGCUUCCCACAGCUGCAAGUGCAAAAUAUACACAAAAUACAAAAAAAAAAAAAAAAAAGAACAAAAAUAAAACAAAAAAAAAAAAAACAUUUCAAAAAAACAAGAGAAUAUCUAAAAAUAAAACUAAUUAUGAAAACUGAGCAGAAAUUAAAGCAUCAAAUAAAAGGCAACCUUAUAAAUGUAA